CUAGUAUUUCCCCGGUUCUGGAAUUUUCGGUUUUUAAUUAUUGCUGCAUGCACCUUCGUCUUGCUGCAUCAGUAUCUUACAGUUACACUAACCCGAAUUCCUGUGAAAACUCAUUAAUCGACCCUUUUAUCUUGUACAAUGGCUGUUACAUUAUAUGACCUCAAAUCUGAUGCUGGUUUGAAAAGGCUUGAUGAAUACUUGCUCAGUAGGAGUUACAUUACUGGUUACCAAGCCUCCAAGGAUGAUCUUGUUGUGUAUUCGGAAAUUCCUAAUGUAUCGUUGGACCAGUAUGUCAACGCAUCCAGAUGGUACAAACACAUCGAUGCACUCUUGAGGAUGUCUGGCGUUUCUGGUGAGGGGUCAGGUGUUAUUGUUGAGGGAAAUGCUCCUGGUCCUGAUGUUGCUACUCCUCCUGCCGUUGAUUCUAAGGCUUCAGCUGAUGACGUUGAUCUCUUUGGAGAAGAGACUGAAGAGGAGAAAAAGGCUGCUGAAGAACGAGCUGCUGCUGCUAAGAAGUCCACUAAAAAGAAAGAAUCUGGAAAAUCAUCAGUCUUGCUAGAGGUAAAGCCAUGGGAUGAUGAAACUGACAUGAAGAAGCUUGAGGAAGCUGUCAGAAGUGUUCAGAUGGAAGGAUUGCUAUGGGGAGCAUCCAAACUUAUUCCAGUCGGAUAUGGUAUAAAGAAAUUGCAGAUCAUGAUGACCAUUGUCGAUGAUCUGGUCUCUGUCGACGACUUGAUUGAGAACUAUUUGACAGCUGAACCUAUCAACGAGUAUGUGCAGAGUUGUGAUAUCGUCGCCUUUAACAAGAUCUGAGAAGUUUGUUGAUGUGCUUAUAUAGAUUUUCUGCUUGUCGUCGAAUGUCUCUGUUUAGAAAAGCGGGUUUUGUACGAAUUUGUUGAAGUGUUUUCCUAUGAGAAUAAGAAUAAGCUUGAUGCUGCUUUGGUUGCCUGGUUGUGUUCUCUCUUUCUCCUCGUAUAAUAGACUUCUCGUGUAAUAGACUUGUUACAAAUACGAACAUGUACUAAAAGUGUAUUAGAUUACCGUUAGAUUACCUGAAAAUCGAUAUGCGAAUCUCAUUUUGCU